CAUUUUUGUUGUUGCUGCUUUUGUGUCCAUUGUCACCUUUAUUAUCAGCAUUAUUAUUGAGAUGACGAGUUACGUUGGAAUCGGCUGUAUGUCGGGAUCUUCACUUGAUGGUCUCGAUCUGUGUUGUGUAGAGUUUACAGGGGACCGGGACACAGAUGUUUGGGGGUACCGUAUUCUUAAAGCAGUGACCCUUCCAUACGAUGCGCACUGGACCUCUCGAUUAGCCGGAGCGAGGGACCUAAGCGGAGAGGCUUUGAUACGACUCCAUGUUGAGUAUGGCCACCUACUCGGGAAAUUAAUUAAGAAGUUUGUCGACGAAAAUCAGCUCGAUGUAGAGUUUGUUGCAUCCCAUGGACACACGAUUUUUCACAAUCCUACCCUCAACUAUACGUUCCAGCUGGGUGACGGAGAAACGGUGUCUCGGUAUUUAAAUUGUCCGUUUGUUUGUAACUUCCGGAAUAAGGACGUAGCCUAUGGCGGCCAGGGAGCUCCGUUUGUUCCAUGUGGCGAGAAAUAUUUGUUUCAAGCGUAUGACAUUUGUAUAAAUUUAGGCGGGAUAGCUAACAUAGGGAUUAAUGGCAAAAAAGGCUACGACAUUUCUCCAUGUAACUAUGUCAUGAACAAAUUAGCCGCAUUGUUCGAUUCGUCUCUGACCUUUGACACGGAUGGAAGAAUAGCAGGUCAAGGUCAAGUUCUGUAUAACGUAUUGGAGAAACUGGACUCUUUGCCGUAUUAUUCUACAUCGCCUCCAAAGUCACUCGGCGCAGAAUGGAUUGAAGAGAAUAUUUUUCCAAUUCUAGAUACGACCUCUUAUAAAAUCACAGACCUGAUGAGAACGUUUGUGGAGCACGUGGCCUGUAAGCUGGCAGACGCAUGCGCAUCGGCUCAAGCCCCACCAGACGAUCAGAAGUCAAGCCGUAUGAUGUCUAUAUUAGUAACAGGGGGAGGAGCCUUCAACGUAACUUUGGUAGAGGCAUUCCGGAACAAAAUAGACAAACUUGGAAUGCAUCUAGAGUCACCGGACAAAUACACAAUCAAUUUUAAAGAAGCUCUGGUAUUUGCGUUUCUUGGACUGAAGUGCAUCUUUGGCGAGUGUAACAUUUUCCGGGAUGUAACCGGAAGUGAGUCGGACUCCGUAUCCGGCAGCAUUCAUCUUCCGGUAUCAACAACCAGUGACUACUGUAUUUCAUAUUUCCAGAAGAAAAAGUCUUCAGGUUGAUUGUGAACAAGUUGACCAUUGGUAAAGAAAUGUUAACUGGUAGAACGGAAAUAGUUGUCUGAAUACAUGUAAUGCACUUUAAUAUUGUCAACGCUAUUGUAAUACCAGAUUGAUUGAUGGAAAAUUAGGGUAGGUUAAGGUUACUCUCAUUUUUCUAUCAUAUUUAGGGUUGGGUAAUUUUCUGGUUUUCAGAUAUACAGGCUAUGUACUUAAAUAUGUAUUAUAGAAAGAUUAACAGACAUUUAAAAAAGGAGAUUUUAAACAAGUUAAUUAAUCAUCCGAAAACAAAACUAUUUUUAGUGUAAUUGUUUUAUUUUAAUGAAUUAGACUAUGGUUAUAUCACAAAGGUGAUUGAUCCGCCGAUAUAAAUUGAUCAAUUGUUAUUUCAUAUUCCUCAGUUCAGAAUAUUUAUAUUUUUUUUAAAAAGGGGGAUAAUAUUUUUUACGCAUUUGUCGGCCACUGAAUUGUCUUUUAUCAUAGAGGUCUUUUCUUCAUAAUUCGAAACCAAAGGCAUUAUGGGAUAAUGCUGUAUUAAGUUUCUACACGUUAAGUGAAACACGGUUAUAGCGAACAUGCUUAUAAUGAAAUGACGCUUACAGCGAAGUGACUUAUAUUCCCUGUGACUUUCUUACAUGUACAUGUUGUAAACAUGACUGAUAUGACGAAUUACGCUUAUUACGAAGUAAAAUCACCCGUCCUUGGCAGUUCAUUAUAAGAGUGUUUUAUUGUAUUUGUAUGUGUUGUAAUAGUUGAUGGGAUCUGUAACAAAAAGCAUUUCCUCAUUUAGUUUUGAACUUAGACACUAAGCCAGAACUCUGGAUUUAUAGAAUUUUUCUUCCUCUGUAGUGUUUUGUUGUACAAAAAAAAUGUAAGAUAGUGGUUUGAUAAAAUGUCAGUGAAUGACAACGAUGCAAGGCAAAAGUUUUAAUAAUCUGACAUUAGAUGUAAGUAUGUCACAAGUCAAUUUAUAUCAUGAUGUUAUUUUUGAGAAGUAUAAUUGCUUUAGCAAUAGGCAAUGGCGAAAGCUUUAUCCCAAUGGAGGUUCAGAAAGAUAGUAGGUUAAAGUUACUCUUCAUUGUUAUAUUAAUGUUUACAUAUUUAUGUAAUUACGUGAUAUUUGUAUUGAAAUAUUCUUAUUAAAUGAACGGAGUAAACUUAAAUAACUUAUUGUCGAAAUAUGUAGCGUGCAUAGGAAGUUACAUAGUAUAAAUUGGGAAGUUACUUCAAUGUUUGCUAUCUGAAAUCUGUUAUUCCGUAAAUAACUGCUUGCAAAGUCUUUCCUUGUGUCAUGAAAAUAGUCAACGAAACACAGAGUAAAACUGAUAUUCUAACAUAUGUAAACAAUUAUUAUUAUUUAUAGUUGAAUAAACGUUGAAAAUAAAAAGAAGAAAAAA